CGCAAGCCCGGACAGAUCACCCACAUACCUCCCGCCACGAAGCCAAGCUGCGACCCUUCCUGGGAGCCUAGAAGAGGGGGGUGCGCGGAAGCCUCUAGGACCCGGCGGAGGCCGGCCGCUGUCCCCGGGCCGCGCGAGUGAGCAUGUGCAGACCGGGCGCCCGCUCGCCCGCUCUGCGCCCGCCACUCGCUGUACUCCGCGCCCGCGGCUCAGCUGGGCGCCCGCCCGCUCCGCCACUGCUCAGCGCGGAAGUCCGCAGCCUCGGGGAGCUGCGCGACGCGGGCCUGGGAGCGCGGGUGCGCUUGCUACAGGCGUCUGAGCUUUGGGCACUGCGGGCUGCGGGCUUGGCGCCCCGGAAGGCGGGUGCCCCAAUCGGCUGUGAUCGCUGGGUUCCUGAGACUGACGAGAGCCAGGAGAGCUAAGGAAUGGGGAAAAUGGUGACCCCUGGGCAGAAGCUACCAACAAGGGGCUUGUGGCUGCCGGAGAGAAGUGAUGAUGACAUUUGAAACCCACAGGGACAGAAGCCCACAAGUGUGCUGACACCACCGGUGUCAAGAGUCAGGAUGCUGGGAUGAUGCCCUUGGAGGCCCUGGCGUCCCUCCUGCCCAGGUGCUAGGAGCCGUCCCCAGGCUCCAGCUUGGAGCCCUGCUGCCCAGGGGCAUGGCCAAACCUUUCUUCAGACUCCAGAAGUUUCUCCGCAGAACACAGUUCCUGCUACUCUUCCUCACGGCCGCCUACCUGAUGACCGGCAGCCUGCUGCUCCUGCAGCGGGCCAGAGUGGCCCUCCCACAGGCCCUCCGGGCUCCCGGCAGCCUGCAGGCCUUACCAGUGGCCACCGUUGCACUGGGUGUGGGUCUACUGGACGGCAGGAGCCUUCGUGAUCCCCACAGUAGUCCUGACCUACUACUUGAUGUGGACACACUGAGGAGUCCUCUAGCCCGACUACCACCUGGAAUCCGCUGGCCCCGGAGGAACCGCAGCUCGCUGCGGCGGCGUUGGCUCCACCACCUCACCAGUGACCCGCAGGGGCCUCCCACCCUGAGUCCGGAGGCCUCUGGACCAGCCAACCAUAAUAGAGGCAAUUACCUGGGAUGCUUCAGUGAGGAGGGCCAGGAGAGAACUCUGAAGGGAGCAGUGUUUUACGACUUGAGAAAGAUGACCGUGUCACACUGCCAGGAUGCCUGUGCUGAGCGGUCUUAUGUCUAUGCUGGCUUGGAGGCUGGUGCAGAGUGCUACUGUGGGAAUAGGCUGCCGGCCACACGUGUCAGCCUGAAGGAGUGCAAUCAGGAGUGCAAGGGAGAGAAAGGCUCCAUGUGCGGGGCUGUGCGCCGGCUCUCUGUGUACAGCGUGGGGCUGCAGCAGCCAGGCUCCAAGAAGCGUGAGUGUACCAACCUCAUCCCAAUGUCCCAUUCACCUAACCCACACCCCAGAGGCCAGAAUCUGUUCCCUCUUCCUCUGUCACCCACACCUGACUGUCCCCUUGCAUGCUGCAGAUAGAGAGUAGGGGCCAUCCAAACCUAACUGCCUGGCUUCGUGACUAGAUACCUCCCCUUGUCCUUUGCAGAACUGAAUAGGAAGGCAAGGCAUGCUGUGUGGCUUCAGAGGGCUCGCUUCACUUCUUCUCUGGGUUCCAGUCUUCUCUAACUCCUCUGGAUAGAGCUAGAUCUCUAGCAAUAGGGUGGUAGACUGGACCAUCUGAAAUUGGUUGGAGGAGACAGAAGACUUGAGACUAUAUAAUUACAGCUCUGCAUUUGUGAAUAAUUGGGGAGUUCAUCUGCCUUGGUCAACACAAAAGUUAGUUCUGGGGUUUGGGAGGUUCUUAGAGGAACAAGUACAAAGUCUCUCUCAGGAGAGCUAUGCCAGCCAACAUCGAAGGUUUUCACGAUAAAUUCUCACCAAAGAUGAGCAUACAAUUCAAAAUUAUACAGCUUGAGAAGAACUAGCCCAGGCCUGAGGACCAUGGCAGGCCACAGCCACUGUGAAUAGGACCACAGUAGAGGGAGAGUGACUGGGUUCAUUCCUGACUGCUGCUCAGGUGUUUCCUGCAUCCAGCAGUUGUGCCUAGGAGCCAAGAGGGCUGGAUGAGGCAGUGCCCUGCAGGGAAGCCAUUGACUGUAUAUACACGAGCUCAAGGAUUUGCUAGUGAGUAUAUUAACACAACAGAAACCUACUGGUACCUAGCAUGUGCCGAACAUGAAGUUUACCCUGUCCCUUGGGCACCUGCACAGGUUUCCUGAGGACUGGACUGGCUUAUGCUAGCUUCUCAGAUCUUUCAUUUCUUUGACUUCAGAUGGUUAGCCUGAUCCCUGAUCUCUCACACCCAAGCCCCAGCAGGACCAGGCCUGAGGUAGACUCUGGGCCACCCUCCCAGCUUCCCACUCUGCUCAGUCGCUAAGUUGGAGACAGCUGUUUUGCCUCUGCUUCCUUCCGAUUGGCCGAGGGACAGAUGGUCUGGUCAUUCAGGCCAGCCGUUGGUCUUGAGUGGGCCGGAACUGCUGUUGUGGUUCAUGUUGGCAGUGGCGGAGAUGCCAUUUCUGCAGCCAGCUGUGUGGCUGACCUUUGCGUUCUCCUGCCCUCUCCAGGAGCUCUGCUAACAGGCUGUCAGAGGUGAUCAGGUGACCACCCUUUGUUAACUGCAGCACUGCGGCUGCUGGGACAUAUUCAAAAGCAUUCUUUUACCUUCCAGUUGGGAUCAGGCUCAGUCCUCACACCUUAGCAGUGUCUUCCUUGGACAGUGUUCUUCUGCCCUAAAUGGCCCCAAGGCUCUCUCUCACCUGGGGACACAGAGCCGGGACUACAGAACAGUUUACACUUAGUGGCAUUAUCCACUUACAGUCAUAAUAGUGAUGAGCACAGACCACUUGCAUGACCUCCCAAGCCUCGUGGGUUGCUUCCCCUAUUAUAGGUUAUGCUGAAGCCCCAUCAUCCCAUUCAUUCAUUCACUCACUCAGCACCCCUUGGCACCUGCUGUGUUUCAGUGUUUUUAGGCUGCACACAGGGAGCCAAGGGGACCACACACAGCCUCCUCCUGAAGAGUUUCAUUCUGGAGUCUCACGGCCAGCAGUGUCCCACCACCCUGCCAUGCAUGUCCUAGACUCCCUAGAAUACUGGUUACUCUCCUCCAUGCUCUGUCUGCUCUGAUGGCCCUUCCUUCCCACGUGCCUCUCAGUGUCUGUCCCAUGCCAGUGAUUUAGCUCUGUGGCUUGAAUGCAGUCUUUGUUCUUUGUGGCCUGACCUUGGCACAGGAUGGCACAGAGUCUCAGGGGGCAGGAUGCUAAUGCCCUUGGCUGGCACAUCAUGCCUGAGCAGGUGUUCAUGAGGAGAUACAGCUGUUAGCAGCUGGCACUGGGACACACAGUGUCUCCAUAACAGUCAUCAGAGAUUUGAGGAGAUAAGUGAGGAAUGGUCCUUUAGUCUGUGACACAGGGCUAGUGACAGGUUGGACAGCCCAGUUUUUGAAGACUCAACGUUAGCUGUUUUCUCUGCAACAAGUGGCCUUCCUAAUUCUAUGCACUGAUUCCCAAACCCCUGGCUCUGUGGACAAUCAGGAUGGGCUUCCACAUCCAAAUCUUAUCUACAUUUAACUGUUUAUAAGAAAAAAAUUAUUCCCACCCUACCCAAAGCUGUGGAGAGUUUGUGCUGCUGGCUAGGAGAUGUGACAGGUAGAACAAGUUUGAGAGGAGAUGCCAAGCCUCAGGAGACCUUAUAUGAAGAGGAGCGUAGGAUGAGAAUCAGAUGCCAUCUCAAGAAACUUAUCCCCAAGCAGUUGGUGCUGGAACAUUCCAGAAGGUUUGCUCAGUACCAAGGGAACCAAAGAGCGAGCUGAGUUUUUCCACCAGAAGGUUGAAGAACAACUUGGCAAGAAGAUUUCUUUGUGACACAGGAUUGCAGAGUAUUCCUAGAAUCCAGGCAGAAGUUCGAGGUGGGAGUGAGGGCAGCCCUGCUGGGAGGCUCCGGAGGGCUCUGUCUGCCGCAGCACAGCAAGAGGCAGUGGGCAGUCCAGAUACGAAGGCAGCUCCACUUUUUUCUUCACGCAUGAAUCAUAGAACUUUCCGGACUAUCAGCCUGUCAGAUCACCUACUGUGGAAGCUAUCAUGAAGUAAAAUGGAAAAUGAAGGGCGCACUGCCACCUACCGAGGGUGCUUCCCACUGCCUGAGAAUGUCACCCACACCUUCUCCUCCUCCAUGACACAGGCCAACAUGACUGUGGAGACGUGUUCUGGAUUUUGUUCCCAGAAAGAGUUUCCUCUGGCCAUCCUCCGAGGCUGGGAUUGCUAUUGUGCCUACCCUACCCCCCAGUUCAGCCUGCGGGAUGCUGUGGAUGGAGCACUGUGCAGUCAGGCCCCAGAGACACAAGGGCUACCUGGCUACUGUGAGGUCUACCAGACACCCGUGCAAGACACCCGGUGCACAGACAGGAAGUUCCUGCCCGACAAGUCUAAGGUGUUUGUGGCUCUGUCGAGCUUCCCUGGAGCUGGGAACACAUGGGCAAGGCACCUGAUCGAGCACGCCACUGGCUUCUACACGGGAAGCUACUACUUCGACGGAACCCUGUACAACAAGGGGUUCAAGGGUGAGAAGGACCAUUGGCGGAGCCGGCGCACCAUCUGUGUGAAGACGCACGAGAGUGGCCGGAGGGAGAUUGAGAUGUUUGACUCGGCCAUCCUGCUGAUCCGGAACCCCUACCGGUCCCUAGUUGCUGAAUUCAACAGGAAAUGCGCUGGACACUUGGGCUAUGCCCCUGACCGCAAUUGGAAGAGCAAAGAAUGGCCGGAGUUUGUGAAUAGCUAUGCCUCCUGGUGGUCCUCACAUGUCCUAGACUGGCUCAAGUAUGGGAAGCGGCUGCUGGUCGUGCACUAUGAGGAGCUGCGGCACAGCCUGGUGCCCACACUUCGGGAGAUGGUGGCUUUCCUCAAUGUGUCCGUGAGCGAGGAGCGGCUUCUCUGUGUGGAGAACAACAAAGAGGGCAGCUUCAGGAGGCGUGGCCGGCGCCCUCAUGACCAGGAGCCCUUCACCCCUGAGAUGAAGGACUUGAUCAAUGGCUAUAUCAGGACAGUGGACCAGGCCUUGCGUGACCACAACUGGGCUGGGCUGCCCAGAGAGUAUGUGCCCAGAUGAUAGGCCCACCCUGAUUUCCUGCUCCUGCUGAGAUGCGGUUAUACCAGUGGGCUGAACACUGCUCUAGUGCAUUGAUCCAUGGACCCCUGGGAAGCAUGGGGGCUGGCACACAGGCAGCAGGGUGUUCUUGAAGGGGCUGCUUUGUGUGCAGGAGAUCUGAGGCAGCACAAGGCUUACCCAGAGGGAUGUGUAUCACAGGACACUCCUUGCCGGACACUUACGCAUCCUCAGACACACUUAGACAUCACCCCAUUCUCACAGUGACCAUUUUAAUGUGCCUAAGCCACUUGAGUGGGGUGGGUCAGACACUCCCAGCUUUGCACACACAGACAAAUGGACACACACACACACACACACACACACACAAUGUGCCAGAGACUGACUAUCUGCCUCACACACGCUCCAGGCUUUGGGAGACCCUGGGUUUCCUGGGCUCAAUUGGGCACAAAUUGGCUUUUGGGGGCCCUUGGCUCUGGGAUAUUGUGCUGGGGAGACACUAUUGAUCUGAGUAGUGCACUGAGGACUGGAGGUACAUAGACAGACUGUUGCUGAUGGGUACUGUAUGACCCUGACUGCUUGUCUGACAUCCCAUAAAUGUGUGUGCUGUGACAUCCUGGCACUGCAAACA